CCUUAUUUUAUUGUUCAUGGUAAUCAACGAGAUUCACUACGAACUUGAGAUUCAAGUCCGUGAGAUUCACCAUCGCCAUCAACCACCAUUUGCAAUCGUUCGUUCAUUUGCGUUCGUUGCUAUUCUCGUUGACUUUUCUGUACGUUGUAUUGAGUGUCAUCGAUUUGCACAAGAAACAUGUCGUUCAAUCGAGGAGUGAAACGAGAUUCCUUUGGAAAUCGAGGGAAUUUCAAUCGGGGUGGUAGUGGAGGCAGUGGUAACAGAGUUGGCAAUAACAUGGGUAAUAAUAAUAUGGGAAAUAAUAUGGGUGGAGGAAUGAGCGGAGGCAGUGGUAUGGGUGGAAUGAACCCUUGGGAAGGUGGUAUGAUGCCUGGCAGAGGCAUCUUACCUACACCCAAUAAUAAUCUAUCUCUGGCAUCACCACAGGCACAGCUAGCAAUUGCUAGUAAUCUUCUUACAAAUCUACUUCGCAGUCAGCAAGAGGUGCAACCGCAGGUACCAUCCCUCAUGAGUCUUGGAAAUAAUUAUUCUGGACCAGGAUCGAAUUAUCCCAAUCAACAAAAUUAUUCUUCAGGACGGUUUAGCGAUCGACCGGCACGGCAUCCUAUAAAGAAUCAACGUCCUCAACCUUACAAUAAGAUGGGCAAUCGAGCCCGAGAUGGCCCUGCUGGGCGGCGUGGCCCAUCCGCACAACAAUCUCGUGCACCCCAGUCUGGCAGUCAACGUAUGAACGGAAACCAAAUCCAACAUCGCAACGAUAAAUCUUCUAAACCAAUUCCUGCCUCUAAACAAAAUCAGACUGCCAAAAAGGAACAGCAGGAUGUUAAGACUUCUGAUAGCGAAAAAGCAGAACCGCCUGUUCCGAAAAGUGACGACACGGAGGAAUCCGAGGGCGAAAAACGCGAUUGGAAGGAUGAAAAGGAAGAAAUAAAAAUUGAGAAAACAGAAGAUGAAAAAAUGGAAGAUGUCGAGAUAAAGAUAGAAAAUCCUGUCACUACAGAAGAUUUCACGACAAAGGAGACGAAAGAGGCAUCUGAAAAACCUGAAAAAGAAAAUUCAAAAACGACCGGCAAAAAAUCGGAGGCCAGACACGCUGAGAGUCGUUACGCCGAAGUUCCAAUGAGCCAUAUGUUUUGCCACAUUUGCAACAAACAUAUGUGGGACGGAUUUUCUUUCGAAAAUCAUCUACGCGGACGUGCGCAUCAGCUGAUGAUGGAAAAGUUGGACGAAUCGUACAAAUUGAAGGUCGAUCUGAUGAGACACGAGUUGCGAGUUGCCGAGGAACAGCGUGAACUUAGCUUAAAUAACUCGAAACGGCGUGGCAAAAAAGUCUCUGUUGAUUUCAAUGUGAGAGAAUAUUGUACAAUGUGCGAUUUGAACUUUUAUGGAACUUUAUCUACACAUAGAAAGAGUGAGAAACAUCAGCAAUUGAAAACAUUUUUGCAUCCUCGAUGCUUCCCUUGUUUAAAAGAAUUCCCAUCUCGCAUAGAAUAUGACGAACAUUGUUUAACUCCCGCUCAUAUGAAAAAUGCUGUUCAGUGUGAGGAACAACGAAAAAAUAAGAAAAAAGAAAAAUUGGCAAAGGGAGAAGCUGAAGUUCGCACUGCAGAAGAUGAAGAAAAAGAUGUUUGCCAUGACACAAAGAACGAAAAAGAAGAAGAUUCAGGAGAACAAGAAUAUAUUACUGAUAUUACUGAAAAUAUAAAUGAAAAGAAAUUUAAAGUACCGUCUUAUAAAUAUUGUCGUCAGAAUCAAAUCUUUAUCGGUAAAUCUAUGGUGAAGGAGGUACAAGGAUUUUAUUGUGAGCGUUGCCGAAGAUUUAUGCUCCUGGCAGAAGAUAUGAAUGCUCAUCUACGCAGCAUCACUCAUUAUCGAAACUUCUUAGCAGAAGUAAAAUUGUUAACAUCAAAUACAACAGUUACAGAGUUAAAAGAAACUGAGCAAACUGAUAGUGAGAAAAACACCGUUGAAAUUAAGGAGGAAAGCGAUGACGUCGAAAAUCGAAAACGUCGCAAAAUUAGUCAUGACGAAGAUGAAGAUACCGAUAAACCGAAAGAGUUACAGGAGAAUAAUGCUGAUAAUGCAAACACGGCACCAAAGAGAUCGGAUGGAGAGGAAAAGUAUGAUCCUUUAGAAGCCGACGCCGCCGAAUCGGAAGAGGAAGAAAAUCGCGAGGCAGGGGAAAACGUAAAAGAGGUUACCGCGGAAAAUACUGCUAAUAUGCAGGAGAAAAAGACACCGGUUGACGAAAUGUGGGCGGACAUAGAUAAUGACAACGAUGUGGAAAUGGGUAAUUUGGUCGACGAUGCGGAUGAAAAAGAACAUGCACAUGAUCCGCAUGAUCAUGAAAAGUCUAUUCAGAAGAUAGAUCGAAAUCACAGCCCUCAAAUAAAAUCUAGAGGUCGUGGAUACGCCCGCGGUCGUGGUGGUCCACGCGCUAGGAGAUCCCGGCGAUAAGGUAAUAUUAUGAACUAACAAACGUGUGAGAGCAAACGCGCUAAAAAAAUGCGUUGAAAAGAAAAUUUCAAUUAUUUGUUUUGUGUGUUAAGAUAAGUUUUAACGAUACAAAAAUAUAAAACAUGUUUUUUAUUGAAGCAUCUUGAAAUGCCUGUGUAAUAUUACGCAUGAUCUUACAUUUACAAAUAUAAUAGAAUUACAAAUAUAAAAUAAUAUAAGAUCGUAUCUAUAAGCGAUUUAUUUCAUUAGUAUCGCGUAUCAGAAAAGAAAACGCGUCAGAGAUGUCAGAAUUUUUGUACAUGUAUGAAUUUUUAGUCAUAUAUAUUAUAUAUAUUACUUUUUUCCUAGAUAUUGAAAUCACUCUGAUAUGGCACUAUUAUGUAUCAACGAAGAAAUAUAUUGGAUAUUGCAUGUGAUUACAAUUA